AACACUGCCCGAGAGCCACCCAGGACGGAGUAAACCCUAGCCGCAGAGGGCGCCUCACCACAAAAGCGGACCUUCCCCACGCCGCCGCCACUCGCCGCAGCUUCACGCCCGGAUAGGGAGCACCACCGCAGGAGCCCGAGCCCUCCCUUCCGCAGCCGCCAAAAUGGUGAAUGUUCCUAAGACCAAGAAGACCUACUGCAAGAACAAGGAGUGCAGGAAGCACACUCUCCACAAGGUGACUCAGUACAAGAAGGGUAAGGAUAGCCUUUCUGCCCAGGGAAAGCGUCGUUAUGACCGCAAGCAGUCAGGAUAUGGUGGUCAGACCAAGCCCGUCUUCCACAAGAAGGCCAAGACCACCAAGAAGAUUGUGCUGAAGCUGCAGUGCCAGAGCUGCAAGCACUACUCCCAGCACCCGAUCAAGAGGUGCAAGCACUUUGAGAUUGGUGGAGACAAGAAGGGGAAGGGAACAUCUCUUUUCUAGAUUGCUCGCCGCCUGUCUGGAUUCUGAAGUUGUGGUGUCUACCACUUUUUUUAGAGCUGUCGUCAAAUCUCAGUGUUACUAGUGUUCUUAAAGCGGACCAUGCUUAUGUAUCCAAAUUCCAAUGCCUGACAUUUGCUCCGAGUGUUGGUUGACUUUUGGCUAAAUGAUGUUUUGUAGCUUAAUCUGUUUUCUGUCUUCGAUUUUGGCAGCCUUCAUGUGAAGUUGCCUGAAUCUGUGCAGAUGUAUGUCUCGUCUCAACAGCUUCAGCUUGCAUAUAGUUUGCCUGAUAUGUGUCUCUUGACUGUA